AUGGCCAAGAGAAAAGGAGGUUCCAAUGCAGGCAAGGACAAGAAGAGACAGCGUUCAUACACGUUGAUCGAGCCUGGAACGUAUGGCCUAUAUGCGACAUGUCCAAAGUUCAAGGAAGUUGCAGCUGCUAAGGAAAUGCGAUUGAUUUUGCAAGACGCAAUUGACAAAUACUAUCCGGAGGAGAAAGACACGACGGCGGUUAGAUGUGAAGGCAAUGAGAAGGGUGGAGAAGCAGAGGUGGGUGUGUGUGAAGAGGUGGACAUUGAGGAUGAGAUCGCCAAGGAGAUUAAGGAAAUCAAAAAGAACGAUGAUAAGGCCAAGCAUAAUAGAAACAACAAGGAGCUACGGAUGAGGGAGAUACCAAUUGGUGUUGAGUCAUUGGUAUUUUUCAAACUGAGACAACCCAUCAAACCUAGUGAAAUAGUGGUGAAGAUGUGUAAUGAUCUAUAUGAGAGUAAGGCCAAGAUGGGUAGGUUUAUCCAAAGAAUUGUUGCGAUUGACCGAUCAUGUAAUGCGACAGAGAACGAGUUCAAAAAGUUGCUAGAGGCUUCCGUUGAUAGGUAUGUCCACGAUGAGAUGCAAGAGGGUAAGGAUCUCUUUGAAAGCUACAAUGUCAACCUAGUAAAGAGGAACUUUGACACAAUAUCACGAGACGAGUUUAUGGAGAUGAUCCAGGGCGAAAUGGACACACAAUUUGGAGAAGGAACUACACAGUUGAGGUACAAGGGGGCCCGGACCUUGAUAAAUGUCUACUGUUUCAAGAACAACAUUGGGAUUGGGAUCGUCAAAAACAAGGACUUUGAGAGACUCUGUAAAUUCAAUGUCCAGCAAAUUUUCGAAAAGGUAAUGAAGGAGGAGGAUGCUGCUUAA